GUCGAUACCCUCCUCGCCGCCACUGCACCCUAGCCGCAGCCGCCAUGGCGCCGCCGGCCAACCUCAAGGGUUCCAAGAAGGCCAAGAAAUCCAGCUCCAAGGACGAGAAAAAGCUCAAGAAGAAUAAGCAUGAGCGUCCCACGGCCGACGAAGCCCCGCAACGCCAUGGCGCCAAGCGCAAGCACAAGGACGGGCAGGAGGAGAAGGAGCACGGGAAGAAGUUCAAGAAUGAGAAGAAGGCGGAGGCUGAGGCAGCUGGAGCAGGGGCGGAUGAGGCAAAGCGGGGAAACGACAAAAUGCGGCGCGCGAUGGAGGACGAGCGGUUCGCGGCGGCGCGGACCGACCCGAGGUUCCGGCCGAUCCGGCGGAAGGAGUCCAAGGUGGCCCUGGACCCGAGGUUCAGCAGCAUGCUGACGGACCCGAUGUUCGAUUCGUCGGAGGCGCCGGUGGACAAGCGCGGCAGGCGCCGCAAAAAGGGCGCCAAGGAGAACCCCAUGCUGCAUUACUAUCUCAACCAAGAGGAAGGGGAUGAAAAGGACAAGAAAAAGGAGAAAGAGAAGUUGAUUGGAGAAGAGGAUGGUGAGAUGGAAGAAGAGGAUCAACAAGAUGAGGAAGAUAGCUCCAGUAGUGAUGACGAGGAAGAGGAGGAAGAAGAUGAUGAUCAGUACUCUGUUGGCAGUGACAUUGCUCAUUAUCUGAUGGCCCAGCAUGAUGAUACACCUAUGAUUGACAAGGAAACUCACAGGCUUGCUGUUGUUAAUAUGGACUGGGAUCAUAUUAAGGCGGUUGACCUGUAUAUGGUGAUGACAUCUUGCAUUCCAAAAGGUGGGCAAGUUCUAUCAGUGUCAAUCUAUCCAUCAGAAUUUGGGCGGAAGUGCUUGGAAAUUGAGACAACUCAAGGCCCAUCUGCUCUCGUUGGUGCCGAUGGUGAUGGUGAUGACAACAAGGAGGAGGAUGAAGAUGUUGAUGAUGAUGAGGGCGAUGACGAUGAGGACGGCGAUGAUGAAGACAACAGUGAACCUGACUCUGAGACUGAGAACAACAAGUUGCGUACUUAUGAGCUUAACAGACUGAGGUACUACUAUGCAGUUGUUGUGUGUGAUUCCAGUGCUACUGCAAAUCACCUAUACACGACUCUUGAUCGUACUGAGUUCUUGAAAACGGCAAAUGUGUUUGAUUUGCAGUUUAUUCCUGACUCUAUGGAGUUCAAACAUCCUGCUCGUGAUGUAGCCACAGAGGCACCUCCGAGUUACAAGGAGCCUGAUUUUGAGACUCGUGCUUUGCAACAUAGCAAAGUUAAGCUCACCUGGGAUGAUGACGAACCAGAGCGCAAGAAGAUCUUGAGGCGGAAGUUCAAUGAUGAUCAGUUAGAUGACCUUGGUGUUUUCUUAGCAAGUGAUGACAGUUCAUCCGAUGAUGAUGUAGAUGCCCAUGGUGAUGAGUCUCUAUCAGGUGCUGUGGUGAAAAGAAAGUUAACAAAUAAGGAGCGUGUCGCUCUUUUACUGCAAGGAGAUAAAUCUGAUGAGGAACAAACUGAUGACCAGGACAUGGAGAUAACAUUCAACACAGAGCUAGAGGACCUCAGCAAACGUAUCAUUGAGAGAAAGAGCACCGAGAAGAAGACUGUCUGGGAGAAGCACCAAGAAAAAAUGAAAGAGAAACGGAAAGCUAGGAAGAGAGUGUCGAAGGAUGAUGAUGACUAUAGCAGCGAAGAUGGCCCUGAUGAAGACGAUGAUUUCUUCGACGAUGACGAAAAGUCCGAUGAUGAAGUAAAGCCAAGCAAGAAACAGAAGGUGAAGCCCAAAGAUAAAGGCAAAGGGAAAGGAAAGGACAAGCUUCCAGAGGAACAUUUUGAGCCAGAAGCAACUAAAGAAGAGUUGGAACUCUUGGUUGCUGCUGAUGAGGAUGCAGCUAAUGGUGCAAAGGGUUAUAACUUAAAACGCAAGAGCAAAAAGGGCAAGAAGGGUAAAGAGGUUUCUGUCGAGGAUAAAGUCCCUGAAAUUGAUCUUAGCAAAGAUGAGAGGUUCUCAGACAUGUUCACAUCUCAUCUGUAUGCGAUUGAUCCUACCGAUCCCCAAUACAAGAGGAGUGCUGCCUUCUUGCGAAAGCAAGCUGGGAAGCAAGGGGCACAUGCAGGCAGAUUGGAUACUGAACCACCUGUUGAGGACUCGUCUCUGGGAAGUACUUUGGCACCUGAUGAUGCAUCUCCGAAGAACGCUAAGCAGAAACGUGAUGGGGCCUCCACGGAGAAACUGCAGAUGCUGUCUGCUGUCAAGUCUCUCAAAAGGAACCUUACUGCAUUUAAGAAUGCAAGUGCUGGUGACCGAUAGAUAGAGUAGAGUUCUGUGUGCCCCUGAUGCAGUUUUGAUGUAAUGUCUCUCAAUGAACAGACAUUGGAUUCCCCGUUAUUUGACAAGCAGGGUUUAGGCUCUGUGAAGCUUAAAGGUUUGUGUAUUCAUGUGUUCAUCUUUAUGCGGGUUCUAUAAACAUGCAUAUUGUUUAAACAUCCAUUGAAUUUUAUU